UUUUCCCACCAAAUUCACGCGCGCGUGAAGAUGUCGGCGCAACGUCGGAACCAAGAGUACGUGGAUGGUUCGGUAUACAGAAUCCGCCUGCACAACUUCUUGACGUACGGCGAUGCGGAGUUGUUCCCCGGGCCGCGAUUGAACGUUGUGAUCGGUCCCAACGGCACGGGCAAGUCGUCGAUUGUGUGUGCGCUCUGUGUCGGGCUUGGCGGGUCGACAAAGGUGCUUGGACGCGCAGACAAGAUGGGCGACUUUGUCCAGCAUGAAAAGGACUCUGGUUUUACAGAAAUCGAACUGUUCUUCACGAGAAGAAACGUCGUGAUCCGCCGCAACAUCUUCCGCGACAACCGGUCCACAUGGCAACUUGACGGCAAGGAGUCGACCCAGAACAAAGUCAGGGAAGUGUUGUCCAAGGCCAAGAUUCAAAUCGACAACUUGUGCCAGUUUUUGCCCCAAGACAAAGUUGGCGAUUUCUCCCGCAUGACGCCGACGCAGCUGCUCAAGGCAACCCAAGCCGCCAUCGGCAACGGGGAAUUGGCCGACCAACAGGAAGAGAUCUUGAAGAUGGAGAAGGAGAACAGCACGAGCAACCAUGACUUAGUCGCUGCCCGCGCUCGGUUGGAAACUAAACGGUCCGAGAACUUGCAGCGUCAGCGCGAUGUCGAGCGCAUUCGCGAGCAAGAAGCGCGUCGAGUGGAGUUGGCCAAUCUCAAAAACAAGCUGCUAUGGGUGCAGUACACGGAGCAGCGGCAAAAGGUGGACGCCUUGAACCGUCGAAAGACUGUGCUCAAAAAUCGACUUCGCACUGCCAAAAGCGUACAACUAGAUCCACUCAAACACUUGCUCGAGGAGCAAAAGGACGCCAUGCGAUCUAUUCGCGACAGCAAGAAGGAGAUUGUGACGGAGAAGGAGCGGGUCGUUGGCUCCCUCGCCAACAUCAAACAGCAUGUGGACCGAGCCGACCGUGAAGAGACAGAAACCCAAGCCGAGAUGCAAUCGCUGAAAGAACACCAGCGUCAAUUGAAGCAUCGCCUCGAGCGUGAAAAGCAAAAGGAGGAGAAACUCCAUGAAGAGCUGCAGGGAUUGCGCGCCGAAGCGGGCUUGCGGGAAGACCUGUCGGCGCUGCAAGAAGCCUUUGACGCCCAAAGCAAUGAAAUUUUUCACAUUACGAGUUCCCGGGAAAGCGAUCGACACGACUUUGGCCGUCUUACCAGCGAAAUCCACCGCAUCGACGACAAACUGGCUCGGCUGGAGAAUGCGAAUUUGCAACGGCAAAAGGUGCUGGGUAGUCGGGACCGCGACUGCAUGCGAGCAUUCGAGUGGGUGCAGAAGAACUCUGCGAUGUUUCAGCGCAAAGUGUGGGGGCCUAUAGCUCUCGAGGUGCAAUUGACCGACAGGCUGUACACCAAGUACCUGGAAGACACGCUGCAGAACUACGUGCUGACGUCGUUCGUGGUCGAGUGCCGCGAGGACUACAACACGAUGCUGCGAGAGCUGAACGAGGGCAGCCAGCGCCUCGGUGUGAAUGUGCUGCAGCUGGACGAAGGCCGAAUCAAGCCCUUUCAACGGCCAUAUUCGGCCAGUCAGAUCAAAUCGUUCCAGGAGAACCUUGGCAUGACUUGUUACUUGGACGAGGUCGUAAAGGCACCAGAGGUGAUCCAUCAAAUUCUCCGCGACCACGGCGGGAUUCACACGAUGCUGCUGGGGACGCAGGAGACGGAGGACAUGAUCAACCGAGGUGUGGAUGUGUUUUCGCAGUUGGCAGCGAUCAACGACAAGGCGGCGUUCUUGACCCCGUUCAAGAAGUACGUGACGUCAGUGUCCAAGUAUGGAAACAAAGCCGCGACGACUCGGUCCAACGACAUUCGCGAGCCACGGUUCUUGGCCGUGUCGGCAGACAACCAAGGCGAGCGAGAGCAAUUGCAACAGGAACGACUCGCCAAGCAAACAGAGAUCGCUGCCAUCCAGCAAAAGAUUGCAUCGGUGAAAGCGCGAGAAAAGGAGCUGUUGGAUGCCAAACACGCGACGAAUAUCCAGCAAAACGACAUCAAAGCGCAACUUCGCCGACGCCAGCAACUGGUCGCGUACAUCAGCGACACCAAAGCCAAAAUACGCACCCUCGAAGCUGAUGCGGCCAAGGACGUGUCGGACAAGCAAGCAGCGCUGGCGAGAAAGCUCGUGAAUACAUUGACCAAGCAUGUCAAGCAACUGUCGGGCAGCCGUGAAAUGGUCUCCAACUUGAUGACGAUUACGUCAAAGCAAGUCGAGUUUGAUCUGACGAGUACGACCAUGGAGCACCGCGUGACGGUGAUUUCCCGCGUGUUGAGUGAAGAAGAAGCCAAACUCCAACGGUUGAAGGACGAGUACGACGACGUCAAGCGCGCGCUGGUGGACGAGGCGAGACACGCGGUCAAGCUCAAAGAACGUGCGGAGCGAGCGGCACCAGAGAAUGACCCGGCGUUCGACUGCCUCCCGGACUCGGCCGUGGAAAUCCACGCGCAGGUCGAAAGCAUUACGGUGGCGCUGGCGCAUUUCCGCGGCGAUUUGCGCGUUCUCGACACGUACGAGCAAGUGCAAAAGGAAAUCGAAGAGGCCGAAGCCAAGUUGGCGAGAAUGGAGUCGAGCUUUGCCACGUUGCAGGAUCGCAUCAAUGCCAUCAAGGACCCGUGGUAUGCCCAAUUGACCGACGUCGUGUCCAAAAUCAACACAUCGUUUGCGCAAUACUUUAAAGACAUUGGGUGUGUGGGCGAAGUUCACUUGAACCAAGACGGGGGCAUGGAUAUUUUCAACGAGCGAAAGGUAUUUUCGCGUAUCACCAAGUCGUCGUGCGGAAGUCAACUGCCGCAGUACUUUCUCAUCACGCCCAAGCUCAUCACUGGACUGGAAUACCACCCCGACACCAAAGUACUUGUCAUCUUGAACGGCCCGUACAACAUCCUCCAGGCCGAGUGGGACGUCGAUACCUUUGUAGCCAAGCGUCAGAAACUCAUUUAA